AUGGCGGGAUCAGCAUUCUAUGCAGCCUUUGGGCGGCUACAGUACAAUACCAAUGCCACGCAAGAAGUGUGUGCUAUCCUUUAUGGCGCUAUGGCUCAAAAUGCAGCUUUGUUUCUAAAGAGGCGAGGCAAAUCGGAUCUCAUCCAACCCACCAUUCUUGCGCUGAUAGUAUCCAGCACGAUGCUCACAGGGGUUUGCAGUGUGCUCCUGGGAAAGCUGGGCGUUGGCAAAUUGAUGCUUCGAUUUCCAACACCUGUCACGAAUGGUUUUCUGGGAACUAUUGGAUGGUUUCUUGUCCGGACAGCGUUGCAAGUCUCUUCAGGAGUUCAGUUCCAAUACUUUUACCCAGUGGAUCUGACAGCAUUUCUGAGCUUUCGCAGUUUGGGCCCAGUGUCAUGCUUGCUAGCGAUGGUGGCUUUCAUCAGGCAUGGGCCAUCUAUCAUUGCGCGGAAACUUCCGGACAGCAGACUCUUGAAGCUUUCAGGGUUAUUUUGUCAGCUAUGCCCCUUGGUCAUUUUUUAUGCCAUCACUUCCGCGCUUGGAUUGUCAAUGGAAGAGCUGAGUACGAGUGGCUGGACAUACCCCACCCAAACCAGCCGGUCCUUUUCUAGCCUUUGGACCACCUACGACAUCUACAACCCACAUGGAGGUGCUGAUAUUGGGGUCCUGAUCUACAAUAUCCCUUCGAUGCUGAUGUUGGUGAUGAUGUCAGUACUCUGCACCAUGACAGGGGUCUUGGGGAUCACGGGCAAAUUCCGAAUGGGUCCAGAUGGUGAUCCUGCUCCGAUGGAGGUCAUUGACUUUGAUGCAGAACUUACGACAGUGGGUUUUGGAAGCAUUUUCACGGCCCUGUCAAAUGGGGUUGUGACUUUCCAUCGUUUGGGGAGUUCUAUCCAGCUUCGAAUGGAUGGCGGAACACAUCGACUUGCAGUCUUCACAUCGUCCUGCUUCGUAGGCAUUUUCUUUUUCACAAGCCUUCCACUUGGGCAUUACAUUCCCAAGUUCUUCUUGGGUGGCCUCUUCAUGGGCAGUGGCCUGAGCUUUUUGGAAAGCGCCUUUCUUUCAUUCCGCAGCUUACCUCCUCAGAAAUUCAUGGGUUAUCGACUUCCUUCGCCGCAAUAUUGGGUGACUGUUGCAUGUAUUCUCGUUGCAGCGUUCUCAUCGCCAUUCCAGGGCAUCGGAGCGGGUUUGACCCUCAGCCUGGUGAUUUUCCUCUGGGACAGUGCUCAAUCAUCACCAAUUGCAAGCAUGUCGACUGGCAGCCACACUGUAAGUCGAACCUUCCGACCAUUUUGGGAGUUGGAGGCUUUGUGCCUUCAUGGUCAUCGAAUUCUGCUUUUCUACUUGCAGGGUCAGCUUUUCUUCGGUUCGGGGCAGAAUUUGGCCUCCAGUCUUGUCGAAGCUAUCGAGGAUGGUCUGGAUCCAGAUGCCGCUGAGCCAGGGAGGAUAUCCCAAUACUGCAUCUUGAGCUUCGGUAAAGUGACCAGUAUUGAUGCUUCAGCUGCGGAGCAGUUGCGGAUGGCUGUCAAACGUGUGAUCUUUUGCCGCAUGAAUUCGCAGGUCUUCGAUGCCCUUUCCGUGCUGAAGGUGGUCACCUCCCCGGAUCUCGAUCUGCGACAGCUGCUGGAUCUGCAGACGACUCCGACUCGGGGAGAAAUCACUGCCGAGGAGUCCACUGUUUUUACGGAAUUCGGUGAUGCAACCCCGACAUCACCAACAACUGCAACAGCUCUGAGUUGCUGGGGCAAAGGCAAGCCAUUCAAGAGCCCGGCAUACGAGGAUUACGAUGCGUUUGACGAUGUGACAGAUGCAUUGGACUACACCGGAGAUCGGCUUUUGGAGACUUAUUUGUACGGUUCAAGAGAGCUGAAAGAGUAUAUGCUGGAGUACAGGGUUGCGUGCAGCAGUGGCUCAAGGCUACCAAAUCUUGCUUUCGAGGCGAUGAACCUUCUACCACAAGGUUUUAUGCGCACGAUCCAGCCUUUCUGCACUGUACAGCUUGGCCUAGCAAGUGGACAGCGUGUACCGGAUGGUGAUGCCUUUGUUUUUGUCCUACAAGGCGCAAUCGCAGUUGUUGACGAGCUACUUGAAGGGAGCACCACAAACCAAGGGGUAAGCAUCAAGGGCUUCCAGGGCCGACGGCACAAGCGAUUGCGGAAGAGAUAUCCGCCUGGAAGCAUAGUUGGAAAGCACGAGUUCUUCCUCAAAAGCCUGCAGCGACGACUUGGUGAUGCUGGCGCGGCUACCAGCCGAGUGGUCUCCAGCAAAUUUGGCCAUACCACGGAAGUGUGGAUACUAACACGGUCGGCAUGGGAAUCUCUACCAGAGGAGCUGGCCACGCUCCUGCAGGACCUGUCACUCAGGCAACUGGCAGAGGAGAAGCAGCACUCUUUGCUGAGCGACAGUUGA